AGUGUUGUCCUAUUCGUUUUCAGUUCGAAACACCGGCAGAGACCAGAAAAUUCAUUCACUCCCAACACACCCUAUCGCAAGCCAGAAACUACAAACAUAUAAAGGUCGGGGUGGACAAAACAGUUAUAGAAAGGCGCGCAUACAACUAUCUCACUAAGACUAAUUGUGAAAUAGGUAAUAGGACAUUGCAAGCAGCCAUUAUUCCCAACCCUGUGAAAGAUACAGUAGACCCCACCGCAUCACCCCUCUCAAAACACACAGAAAUAUCCCAUCAGAGUGCAACACCAGCCGAAAGGCCACUAGACUGUAACCAAAUAAAUAAUAAAACCAUACCACCCAUCACCGCAGAAUCUAAAAUGCCACUAAAUAACCCCAGAAAAAAAGUUAAAACCCCCCGAAAUUCGACUUUGUCCUCUCCUAGCUAUAAUUCCAUUGGUAAAGAUAAGGAAAAUAUGCCCCUAAAUCAUACCAACAAAAACAGUGGCAGCUUAAAUAAGCCCACACUCCCCACGGUUAAUAGUAUUAGCACUCACAACGUGCUAAAUCGCACCGUGGCACACACUAAUAUCCAAUGUCACAACGAUGUCACCCUAAAU